GGCUCGGGGUCGGAUGGGACCCGGGGAAGGGUCUGCCGGGCUGGGCCGUGUCCGAGGGCUGAGGCCUGGGGGGGGAGCAUUAACGAUGCCGCUUGGGUUCAGUGCUUCUUGUUCCUCCUCCCCAUCUCCGUCCUCUACAACAGGUUCGUUCAGGUCUAGUGUAGGUGUAGGAAAGGUACCCCGGGGAAGUGUUAUUACCUGAAGCCAUGGAUGUCUUUGGCACAGUGUUAUGGAGGAACCUGUCUGUGCUGUGUCAGUUUGCCUUACUAGUACAACUAGAACAUCCCUUUAUUAAACGAAGUGGUAUUUUUUUGGGUUUUUUCACUGUAGUAGUAGAAAACCCAAGAAUUGACCACUUGACUCAUUACUGACUGUUCUGUGUUUGCAGCUUGAAAAGUAACAUUUGUACCCUGUUCUGGGCUUGGAGAGGUGUUUACACUGCAUCAGUUCUAAUCUCUUGACAAAUUUUGAUUGAACUGUAAAAUUUGUACUUCACAUCUUUUCCUUCUCUGCCACCUUUUGAUCAACCAUAAUGAAUUUGGGGUCUUAAAGUAAUUGUUUAAAAGCUAGAUAUGAAGUGUCUGGUUAUAUUGUGGGGACAAAUGGGAGAGACUGAGAAUUGCAGUUCAGGUUGAGAAACUUGAAAUUUUGCAUUUACUUCAUCAACUUCAUAGGAUUUAUUAAAUCUGGUAUGUGAAACAGACUGAUCUCUUCAGCUGACGUAGAUCUAGUGUAAAUGAUACAGGCCAUGGAUUAUCUGAGGCCAACUUUCUACUACUUCCUCUUGGAUUUCAUGUAAUGUUUAAUGAUCUAAUGAUUAAAAGUCAGCAAAAUAUCCUCCAGUGGCACUGCAGAGCCAUUACAACAGUGGUACAUUGGUAUUUUUGCUUCAUCAUGGACCAACAACAAAACUGUCAGAACAGUUGUGGUACCACUGAGGGUCAGCACUGAACACAAAUGCUGAGCAGUCAGGAGAACUUGAUUCAGCUGGAACGUAAUGGGAGAGCAAUGCUGAAUCCAACGUGCUGCUGUAGGCCAGACACAUCCAUAGAACCUUGAGGUUACCAUUCUGUAAGCAAAAUUGUUGCUUUUAAAUGUCACCUGAAGAAAUAUACAUACUGUUACCAAAAUAGAUCCCUUAUAAUUAGAAGGCAGUGAAUAUUUCGAGUUGCAGUCUUCUGCUGUCAUGCUGUGUGCAUGUGAAGCCUGGACUGGAGAAACAGACUUUGAGAAGCAAAUGGGUAACAUAAAUUUAGUAUUCAUCUGGAAGUUUGAGCCAAUAUGCUGCUGCUGAGCAUCUGGACUACAACCAAAGCUCUUCCUGGUAGCUGCACAACAGAAAACUGCUCAGUUCAAUCUUCACAGCUCUCAGUGGGAGACUUGGAGAGGUCAGUGGACAAGAUUUUUUGUCAAGAGUGACGGUCACUCAUUAAGGCUGGGAAACCAAUAAUAGCAACAUGAAUUCUACUUUGCUUUUGGCAGUUAUGUAUCUUGCAACAGAGAAAUGGACUCCGCUCCAGGUUACAUAAGGAGAACAAGCAAGCUUGAAGGGAAGAAUGUGACUUGCUUCCCUCUCUUGAAACAGAGUGAAUGGGGUGAAGUUUCAUAUAUUGCUAGACACUUCUCAGCUGGUCUGGAUGAUCAGAAUCCUAUGGCCGAAGCUAUGGAAAGCUCAGGGAUUAGAGUGUUUACAGAAUGCAGUUCCGCCUGUAUUGCACGAUCCUUUAGAUUGAGUAUUGGGGCUUGCUGCAUAUUUUGUAGCAGUUGUCUUGUCAAAUACUGUAGUGCUUGGCUAAAAAAAGAAACAAUUUAAUGACUUGCAUAACACAGCAAUAUCCAUUUUUUCAGUACAACAAUUAAAUCUGAGAUAGAAUGGUGCUGAUAGAUUAGUACUGAUGACUGCAGUAAGCCUUCUAAUGGUCUUUUCUGAGAAGAAGCUUUUAUGAUGGAACUUGAUCAUAAAAGUUAGAGGAAACUGAAUUCCCUUAACUGCGUGUGCCUUGCACAAGGCGCAGUUCAAUUCUAUUUCCACUCUGGAAUUGUUUCCUCAAGUAUGACACUGUGAAAGACUUCCUGAUAAUGAGGCAUGGUGAAUAAGAUUUUUGAGAGAUACUCACACUAAUGUUGUGAUUUGGUAUGUAGAUGGGGACAGGGAAGAGUAUGUUAGAAUGAUGUUUCUUCAGGGGAAUGAAAAAUAAGGAAACCUUUUAAAUAUGGCAAGUAGUAGAAUUUUUUUUUAUAUACUGAACUUAAUAGUUUAUCUUAACACUGAACUAGCAUUAGCCUAUUGAGCAGGGUUCUGUUUUAGUCAUGGAAGCAAACACAGUUUGGAUGUAGUUCUUCAACUGAAUAGCUUCUUAAAGUGUUUUAUAAUCCUAAAACUUACUGGAGUAGGUGAGCUGUUAGUAAGAUGUGGUUACAUAAAGAAUAUGUGCUCUUUAUGACCUACUGCUUUCUUCUGUCAUCUAAACCAUCUUCAUCUUAAGCCCACUUGUAUAUAAUCUUGAAGUUGUUCUUGAGUCUUACUGUUAGAUGCUUUCUCUUCUUUAGCUUAUGGAAAGACAGAGUUUUCCUCCCUAUGUGCCACAUCUGGCUCUGACAUCUGCAAAAUCACCAGGAAAGCAAAUACCUAUGAAAGCCCUGUAGAAGGUGGCAGUGCUCCAUGCAAUUCCAGUCCGAAGCUCCAGGCUGCCAUUGUUGUCUGAUGCCAUGCCAGCACCAGCUCAUCUGUUCCCAUUGAUUCGUAACUGUGAGAUUAGCAGAAUAGGCAGCACUGCGUGUUACUGCCACCAUAGACAUCUGUGCUGUUUGUCAUCUCAUUUUGCUCACAGUCACUUCAGAUAUGCACCGCAGAAGAAAUUUGCAGCACUUUAUAGGCCAAAGGAGAACUUUAAUCACUUCAUUCACACAAGGGAUCACGCUUCUGCACCACAGAGGUUUUACCUCACUCCUCCACAGGUCAACAGCAUCCUGAAGGCAAAUGAAUACAGUUUCAAAGUCCCAGAAUUUGAUGGUAAAAAUGUGAGUUCUGUUCUUGGCUUUGAUAGCAACCAAUUGCCUGCUAAUGCUCCUAUAGAGGACCGGAGGAGUGCUGCCACAUGUUUACAGACAAGAGGGAUGCUUCUGGGUGUGUUUGAUGGCCACGCAGGCUGUGCUUGUGCUCAAGCUGUAAGUGAAAGACUGUUUUACUACAUUGCUGUCUCUUUGUUACCUCAUGAGACUUUACUUGAAAUAGAAAAUGCUGUGGAAAGUGGCAGAGCUUUGUUGCCCAUUUUACAGUGGCACAAGCAUCCCAAUGAUUAUUUUAGCAAAGAAGCUUCCAAGCUCUAUUUCAACAGUUUAAGAACUUACUGGCAGGAGCUGAUUGAUCUCAACAGUGGAGAGACUACUGAUGUAAGAGAAGCUUUAAUUAGUGCUUUUAAGAGGCUUGAUAAUGAUAUUUCUUUGGAAGCUCAAGUAGGAGAUCCAAACUCUUUUCUCAACUAUCUAGUACUGCGAGUUGCAUUUUCUGGUGCAACGGCCUGUGUGGCCCAUGUGGAUGGUGUUGACUUGCACAUUGCAAACACAGGUGAUAGUAGAGCAAUGCUUGGGGUUCAGGAAGAAGAUGGAUCUUGGUCUGCAGUUAAUUUGUCCUAUGACCACAAUGCACAAAAUGAACAUGAAGUGGAACGUGUGAAAAUGGAGCAUCCAAAAUCUGAAGAGAAAAGUCUUGUGAAACAAGAUCGUCUCUUGGGUCUUCUGAUGCCUUUCAGAGCUUUUGGUGAUGUCAAGUUUAAAUGGAGUAUUGAACUGCAGAAGAGAGUAAUAGAAUCAGGCCCAGAUCAGUUGAAUGACAAUGAAUAUACAAAGUUCAUUCCUCCAAACUAUCACACUCCCCCAUACCUCACAGCUGAACCAGAAGUCAUACAUCACAGAUUACGGCCGCAGGAUAAGUUCCUGGUUUUGGCUACAGAUGGGCUGUGGGAGACAAUGCACAGGCAAGAUGUGGCUAGAAUUGUAGGGGAGUACCUCACUGGUGUUCACCACCAACAGCCAAUAGCUGUUGGGGGCUAUAAGGUAACUUUGGGACAGAUGCAUGGUCUCUUAACAGAAAGGAGAGCAAGAAUCUCUUCAGUAUUUGAAGAUCAGAAUGCAGCGACUCACCUGAUACGACAUGCAGUGGGUAACAAUGAGUUUGGAACCGUGGAUCAUGAGCGACUGUCCAAGAUGCUUAGUCUUCCAGAAGAGCUGGCUCGAAUGUAUAGGGAUGACAUUACAAUUAUUGUGGUGCAGUUCAAUUCACAUGUUAUAGGUGCAUGUCAAAAUGAGGAACUGUGAAUUUAAUGUAGUGAACUAAUCACCAAAGUUGUAACAAUGGCCAGUAUGAGCAGCAAAUUAAAAACAUCCACCCAACAAUAAAACCCAAAAAAGCCUUUGGCAAACAAAUUGUUUGUUUGCUAGAUUCAGCAUAUCCAUUGUUCCUGCCUUUCUCCAGAGCUCUAAAUACAUGGGAAGUGCUAUUGACCUAUAACAAAACUUGAAGAGGAUGUUACAGUUUGGGAAAACAGGCUUUUGUAACAGCUUUGCACUGUUGAUUUCAUGAAUACUGCUAGAACAAUGUCUUGAGUUUGGCAGAUUUGGGUGAGGGAGGGAAGUAGGAUGAAGAAUUAACUAUCAAAGAUCUGGCUAUUCAAGAAACAAAGCCUGUUUAUAAAAUAGCUGAAAAUAUCUAUACUUUAAGAAGAGAUAAGUAAAAACGUUGCUGAAUUUUUUUACAGGGCUAAUUCUUGGUAUAGUUAUGUGUGAAUAUAUUGUCUGUUGUUUCUCUGAAGUAGAAGGUCACUUUAACCAAGUAAGUCUUCAGUGUAACAAAGUUGUCUCACUUUCAUAUGGACAAUGUCAUUCACAUAAGGAUAUUUGUCUAAGUGUUGACUUUCAGUGCAGGUCUAAGCCAUAAUCAAUACCUGAGAUUGUUACAGCUUAAUCAGAAUCUUAUGCACGGUAACUUCUAAAUUUCUUGUGCAUUAAUACUUGGCUGUGGGUUUCUGGUCAACCUGUAGGGCAAUAAUACAUUACAACAUGCAGCAAGAUACCAGAUAACUUUGUGGAGGACUUCAGUUGGCACUCUUUCAGACUUUCCAGAAAGUCAGUGUUGUUGGUUAAGGCUAUGUUUGCUUUCCUAAAGGUUAUGUCCUUCAUGGACUCCACCUCUUGUUGCUUGUCUAGUAAAUAAAUUUUCACUUGAAAAGAUCAGGAAAUCAUUGCUAACCUCUUUGUGGCUUUGUAAUUUGCACUCAUUUUAAUUUUGGCUGUUUCAAAUGGUCACAUAUCAGAAGUCCCUCACUUGAACUCAUAUUUGUAAGUUGCGUUAAAAACUACAAAUUAUAAAAAAUUGAAGUAUGGCUUGUAAAUAGCAUUUUAAUCGGGGAAACUGGCAUGCACGUGUAUGUUCAGUGGCUGUUUCUAGCAGCUUCUUUUAGUUGUGUGUUUCUAGACAGCUGCUUUAUGCAUGUUCUUACAGUCCAGAAUGCUAUCACAGAGCAACCUCUGGAAUGGGUCUCUCUGUCUUGUAAUGGUUUAAUUUGAACUUAAAAGAUUGGCUAUACUUCCGUACCUGAAGUUGUUGGGCUUGUAGUUAUAGAAAGUAGAGACUGACAGCUAAUUGAUCAUCCUUGUAUCUAAUUUAGGCAUGUUGCAUUGUAUGCAGAUUUAUUUUAACCUGGCCUUAGGUUAAAAACUCAAAUGCUGACUGAAAUACUUGAUGACUGAGAGAACACAUGCAACUUGAUUCCUGUGUUGCAGAGAACAGUGAUUGGUCAUCUUAUUUCACUUAGCAAGGUGUUUCAGUUAAAAUACCUCCCUAGCCUUCAUCAUUGCUAGUUAAAUCAACACUUUCCUCAAUUAACCAAAAUAUGCUAGGUUUCUAAAGUGGCAUUUUCACUACAUAUAAAUCUUGCCAAUUAAUGCUACUCUUGCAUAGAAUACACUUAUUUUGAACAACAAACCUGUCCUAUAGUAAACAUUGGCUCCUCAAACUCGCAAAUGCUAUGUGUACUCAGUGGCCUGCAGCUUUAGUAUGGCUGUUUCUUUACCUGACCUUAAGUAUCAGCAUCAGUAUUGCUGUAACAUUAAUGAUAUCUAAGUUCACAUUCAAGAUAUGCACAACCCUUCUUUAUUUGAAGGGAAAAGAGGAACUCUAAAAUACUUAGACAAUUACUGGCUGUUGACAUUGCUUCUAUAUCUUGUGUUUUGGUGACUGUGUCAUUAACUAGGUCAAUAGAUUUUUGUUCUAGCAUUCAAAUGCAGUAUGUAAUCUCAGCUGUUGCAGUAUUUAACUUUCUUACUUUUUUACUGUUAAAGCUCUAUUACAUGUAUUGAUGUACUUACCCUAUGAUUGUUAGUAUGGGUUUGGUACAAGUCACAGCUAAAACAAAUGCACAUUGUCCCAUGGAUACAACUUUUAUUGAGGAAAAGCUGCUUUUUGUAGUAAAGAUGCAUAUAUAUAUAUAUAGGGUCAGACAAAAGAAUAUUUAUGUAUUGCUUGGAGGCUUGCUCAGUACAUAUGCAGUGAACAGAAGCAGCAUAACUGCCUGCUGACCAGGUGGUCUGAACAAACAUCUUUUAACAGAUUCCAAUAAAAUGAUCAAUUAUGCAAAAA